CCCUUGUGCCCUCUGCCCGCUGCAACCCUGGGCGCUGCGGGAGUGGCUUGGAUGGGGUUUUGAGGCCAGCCUGAGGCCUAUGCCUCCCCCAACCCCUGCCGCCUCCCAUCUGCCCUGUAUGCUGCUUACUGGGUAACUGGAGCCGUGAGCUGCAUCCAUGCCUGAAACAGGAAGCCUGGGCCUGUGCGUGAGCCACAGAAAGCUGGCCGGGUGGCCGGGGCUGGACGAUGGAGGAGCAGCGGGCGCUCAAAGCCGCCAAGAAGGGGGACCUGGCCACCUUGGAGCAACUGCUGGAGGCUGGCGUCCUGGGACCGGGCAUUACCGACGCCCUGGGGGCUGGCCUGGUGCACCAUGCCACCCGGGCCGGCCACCUGGCCUGCGUCAAGUUCCUGGUGCAGCAGGCCAAGCUACCCGGCAACCAGCAGGCCCGCAAUGGGGCCACACCAGUGCAUGAUGCCGCCGCCACAGGCAGCCUGGCCGAGCUCCGCUGGUUGGUGCGUGACGGGGGCUGCAGUCUGCAGGACCAAGACGCCUCGGGUGUCUCCCCGCUGCACCUGGCCGCCCGCUUUGGACACCCCGUGCUGGUGCGGUGGCUGCUCCAAGAGGGCCACGCAGCCAUGCUAGAGACACUGGAGGGGGCCUUGCCCCUGCACCAUGCCGCGGUCAGCGGGGACCUGACCUGUCUGAAGCUCCUGGUGGCUGCCCACAGCAGCACGGUGAACCAGCAGACACACAGUGGUGCCUCCCCUCUCUACCUGGCCUGCCAGGAGGGCCACCUGCACCUGGCCCAGUACCUGGUGAAAGACUGCAGUGCUGACGUGCACCUGUGUGCCCUGGAUGGCAUGAGUGUGCUGCACGCCGCUGCCGCGCGCGGCCACUACUCACUCGUCGUCUGGCUGGUCACCUUCACUGACAUCAGCCUGACUGUGAGGGAUCAGGAGGGGGCCACCGCCCUCCACUUCGCAGCUCGAGGCGGCCACAUGCCCAUUCUAGAGCGACUGCUGCUGCUGGGCGCCCCCAUCGUGAGAGACUCCCGGGGCGGGAGCCCCUUGCAUGACGCAGCGGAGAACGGGUGGAUGGAGUGCUGCCAGACCCUGGUCUCCCACCACGCGGACCCCUCCCUGCGGGAUGAAGAUGGUUACACCGCAGCCGACCUGGCAGAGUACCACGGACACCAGGACUGCGCUCAGUAUCUUCGGGAGACAUCCCGGCUGGUGCCGCUUCUGAUGACGCCCCCACCCCCACCGUUCCCACCUCCCCCACUGUCCGCUGUGAGGCCCUCCCUGGAGGCAAGGAGGGGUGACCCAUGUCCCGGGAGCCCCACCCGUGAGUACAGGUGUCCAGGGGGGACUGGGCUGGGCCCGGGGGCUGGAGCGGGCGCUGCUGGCUCUGAGGUCCUUCAGGAGCGAGAGCAGCUCACUCCAGGCUGCUGGCACACAGGACGUCAGGACAGGUGUGGGGUCGGCCCUCCCAUCACCCAAGCCUCCGGCUUUUUCCUGGUUUCCUUCGUUGUUUCUGUUGCUUUAAAGCCCCAGGGCACUCUGGGAGGCUGGUGGGUCUGCGGCCCCGAGUCCAGUGGUCCCCCAGGAAGGCCGGUUCUGCCCAGGCCCAGGGUCUCCCCUCCCCGCGCGGCCCUCUCUGGCAGCCUCUCUGACUCCAGCUCCCCUCGGCCAGCAGCAACUUGCCUCAGCCCAGCCCGGCCCGGCCGACCUCUUUCCGGGGAGCGGAUGACCUGCGACGUCCUUCCGAGGGCCGCCACCAGUGCCAUGGCUGUCCCCACGGGGCCAGAGUCGGCAGAGGGGCACUCAGAUGGCCUGGCCACGCUGCACCUGGACGGGCCGCCCUCAGGAGACCUGGUCAGACUGGUGCCCACAUGGGACGAGUGCGGCCAGCCCAUCCCCGAGUGGAAGCGGCAGGUGAUGGUGCGGAAGUUGCAGGCACGCCUGGGCACAGACACAGCACCUGAGGCCCAGGACAGCGGUGGGAGCAUGGGCCCCACAGCGCAGGUGGCCUGGCGGUACUCGCAGACCCACCAGGCCAUCCUGGGCCCCUUUGGGGAGCUGCUGACUGAGGAUGACCUGGCACACCUGGAGCAGCAGAUUGCUGACCUGCAGCUGUGGCACCACUGCCUGGGGCACAAGAGCCAGCUGGACCAGCCGGCAGCUGAGCUGCAGGCCCAGCUGCCUGCACCACUGGCCAGCAUCACCGUCAACAGCCGCUUCCCUCCCCAGGCACCCCAGUUGCAGGGUGAAGAGGCCCUGACCCUGGCAGCCGAGGGGGCCACGCCCACUGGGCAGCCCCUGCCCUUCUGGUGCAGCCACAUGGCCUGGCUGGUCCGCAGCAUGUCCCUGCUGCUGAAGGGCAUGGACGGGCUGGUGCAGGGCCAGGAGAAGCCAGCUGCCCUGCACCACCAGGAGCCCCACAGGGAGACCCCAGCCAGGACCCCACGGACCACUGUCCAGUGUGAGAUCCAGCGGUGUGGGGUGUCCGUAGGGAGGUUACGUGGCAACUUCGAGUCAGCUCCAGGCCUGUCCUGCAGCACAAACCCAGGCCCCAGUGAGGCGGGGACCCAGCCCGAGCGAUGCCCAAGACGCUGCUGGCCGGCACCCGCACAGCCCCAUGGCCUGAUCGGAGGAGAGCCUGGGCCUGGCGACGCCCGCUUCAGCUGCGAGGGGGUCCCGUCCGAGGUGGGUGCCUUGCCCUGCCCUGCCCUGGCCAGCGGGCGCAAGGAGCACAUCAUCACGCUGUUCCUCAGCCACUGGAAGAAGUCGGCCUACGCACCAGCCCUCAAGACAGCAGCCUACAGGACCCUGGAGGCCCGUGGCACUGGGCCACUGGCACAGGAGGCGGCCAGGGCUCCUCCACUGCCCUCCCUGCCACCCAGCGAGGGCCCCCGGCUCGGCCACCUGUGGCGACAGCGGAGUGUCAUCACCCACCUGCUGGGCAACUGGAAGGCCAUCAUGGAGCACGUGCCAGCCCGGCAGCUGCGCAGGCUGAGCAGGCAGCCCCGGGGGCUGCUGUCCCCAGAGCAGUUCCUGCCCCAUGUGGACGGGGCACCCAUGCCCUACGGCAGCCUCACACUGGACCUCUUCAUGCUGGGCUACUUCCAGCUCCUGGAGUGCGACCUGCCCCCUGAGGAGCGCACCAUGCGCCACCUGCUCUGCUUUGAGGUCUUCGAGCACCUGGGUGCCCAUGGCUGGGAGGCCGCACGUGCCUUCCACAAGGCCGUGACCGACGAGGUGGCCACCGGCCGCCGUGCCUGGACCGACGGUUUCGAAGACAUCAAAGCCCAAUUCUUCAGCUCCAGUCAUAGUCCUGCCUGGGACACGGAGCCCAGCUGCAAGUCGGGCCUGACUCCCCUCCAGCCCUUGCCCCACGUCGUCGUCCCCAGCGUCGGCCCUGAGCCUGCAGCACCACGGCUGGGGUCCAGCUCCCAGCGGGGCAGCUUCAACAGCGAGGACAUCUGUGGCUACAUCGACCGGAGCUUCACGUUCUGGAAGGAGAAAGAGGCCGAGAUGUUCGGCUCUGGAGAGUGAGACGGG